ACACAUACUUCAACAUAUACAUUCAAACAUACAUACAAAAUUCAAAAGCAUUGUCGAAAUAGACGUAAUUGUCGAUUUGUGGUCAAAUCAAGUUUUUUUGACGAAGAUUCUUGUCCUGGAACAAGCAAAUAUCUGCAAAUAUCUUAUAAAUGCAAACCCAGUAUGUUUAUUUUUUUUAAUAGAUUUUUUGCACAGAAUUGCAAAGAGAUAGUUAAUAACUGCUUUGGCAAAGAAAUUUGCUUACUAUUAGGUCAUUCAAUCUGUCAGUUUACAUGCUCUUUUUUUUUUUUU